AUGAAAAACAAGGAGUUAAAUUCCACGAAUUCGUCCCGCUACGUCAACCAUUGCUUUGGAGAAUCACCGCCUUAAUACGUCGGCUUCAUUUACUCGAGAGUACUUUGUCUGUUCGUAAAUAGACAUGAACCUUUAUAGGACUUGUUCGUAACUAAGAAUAAAUUCUUUGACAAGCACCCUUUCACAGCUAGACUAUUCAAAAAAACUCUUGGAGAUGGAACUCUUUUCGCUAAGUCUGAUGAGCUCUGGGCCAAAAAGAGAAAAUCUCUAUCGUCAUCACUUUACAAGUAGAAAUUGAUCUAAAUGGUUGAAACUAUGAAACAAAUCGCCUUGGAAACGAUUAAAGAGUGGGAAUAACAGGGUGAAAUAGACAUAGUAGCUGAAGCUGCCAAUUUAAUGAUGAGAAAUAUCCUCGCCUGCGUCUUUGGCAGACAAAACGAUAACCCGAUUGUUAAAUACAAAGAAAACGGCAAAAUCAGAGAUAUGAAAUUGGGUGAGAGUGUUCAGCUUAACAUGGGAAAAGGCAUAGAAAGGGAGUUUCAAGCUCAUCUCAUAAUCUUCCCUGAAUUGCUUCCCCUCUACAUCUCUAAGCAAGAUAAAGAGCUAGAAUUCAACAUUGAUCAGGUAAUCGAUUACUCCAGGAAUCUGAUUGCUGCGAAAAAACAAUAGUUUGCCAAGACAGGUAAAUAUGAGGGUGAAGAUUUGCUAACCAUAUUGCUCUAAGAUGAGAUCUUCAAUUAGGAUGACAGAAUGAUUAUUGAUGAAUGCUUGACAUUUUUAGCAGCAGGUGCCUAGACUACUGCUGUCUCUAUUACCAAUUUCUUGUGCUACAUGGCCUAGAAUUCGGAUAAACAGUAGAAAAUGAGAGACGAGCUUAAGGGUUAACUAAAAAACUUUGGUGGGGACCCCAACGAUCUCUCAAAAGAACUAGAAAUGGAUAAGGUCGAAGAUCUUAUCUAUUUGAAGUAUUGCUUCUAUGAGUCAAUGAGAAUCGAGCCUCCAGUUGUGAUGUCAUCGAGCUGCUAAGUAAAUGAAGAUAUGAAUAUCUAAGGAGUAAAAAUCAAGAAAGAUGAAAUGAUCAUUAUUAACAUCCACUAGAUUCAUCAUAACAAAGAUCAAUGGAUUGAAGAUGAUAAGUAUAUUCCAGAGAGAUUUGACCCUAGUUCAAAGUAUUAUCUUACUCCUACUGGUACCGCUAGACAUCCAAUGUCAUUUGUACCAUUUAUUGGAGGGAAAAGAAUUUGCUUAGGCAAAACCUUCGCAGAAUAUUCAUUCAAAGCAAUUGUACCCUUGCUCUUGAACAAACAUAAAUUUACUCUUGUAAACAAGGAUCAUAUGAAUAAUAAACCCUUGUAUGAUGCUAUUAUGUUCAAAAAGCCAGUGAUUAAAAUGAGAUUAGAAAGACUAUGA